UGUGUGUGUGUGGGGUCGCUCUCGGCUCUGUCUCGCGCUGCUGUCGGACUGUGUUUCUGGUUUUCCUGCGGACUCUGACUGAAGGACCAUGUCCCCCUCCAGCAGCAGGACUCUCUCUGCUCCUCUUCAGGGCUACUACCUGACAUGAAGGACUGAAGUGUGAGGACGUGGCGCCCCCUGCUGGACUCCCACUGCUGCUGCAGGCCAUGGCUGAGCCCAGCUACUCCGACCUGAUCGCCAAACACUACAACUACACCGGCAAGUUUCGCAAGACGCAGCACGACUCGGGUCUGAAGGCCGACUCGGUGGUCUUCAUCAUCGUGUGCUGCUUCAUCAUCCUGGAGAACAUCCUGGUCCUGACCACCAUCUGGAGGACCAAGAAGUUCCACAAACCCAUGUACUACUUCAUUGGGAACCUGGCGCUGUCCGACCUGCUCGCCGGUGUCGUCUACACCGCCAACAUCCUGCUGUCGGGCGCCAACACGUACAAGCUGACACCCACGCAGUGGUUCUUCAGGGAGGGCAGCAUGUUCGUGGCGCUGGCGGCGUCUGUCUUCAGCCUGCUGGCAAUCGCCAUCGAGCGCCACCUCACCAUGCUGAAGAUGAAGCUGCACAACAACGGCAACACGUGCCGCGUCUUCCUGCUCAUCAGCACCGUGUGGAUGAUCGCGGCAGCGCUGGGCGGCCUGCCGGUGAUGGGCUGGAACUGCAUCCAGAGCAUGACGCAGUGCUCCACCGUGCUGCCGCUCUACCACAAGACCUACAUCCUGUUCUGCACCACCGUCUUCAGCAUCAUCCUCAUGGCUAUUGUGGUGCUCUACGCCCGCAUCUACGCACUGGUGCGCACACGCAGCCGCAAGCUCGUCUUCCGCAAGGUGUCCAACGGUCGCAACGCCGGCGCCAACAUCAAGAGCUCGGAGAAGUCGAUGGCGUUGCUGAAGACUGUCAUCAUCGUCCUGAGCUGCUUCAUCGCCUGCUGGGCACCACUCUUCAUCCUCCUGCUGCUGGACGCCGCCUGCGAGACGCUGAGCUGCCCGAUCCUCUACAAGGCCGAGUGGUUCCUGGCACUCGCCGUCCUCAACUCCGCCAUGAAUCCACUUAUCUACACGCUGACCAGCAAUGAGAUGCGCCGCGCGUUCCUCAAGACGCUGCUGUGCUGCACCGCUUGCAUCCGGCCCAACGCUAAAUUCACUGGGCCCAUCGUGGGGGCGGAGUUCAGCCGCAGCAAGUCGGAUAACUCCUCCCACCCCAACAAGGAAGAGGCGGAGCAUUCGCCGAGGGAGACGACGACAGCAGCGUCCUCAGGGAACGCCGCCUCGUCGUCCUAAACGAGCCGUAGAGUGUCAGACGUAGAGUUUGUGUUUGUACAGGAGUGAGCGGCGCCUGGUGGCGGCGGCGUGGACCGAUCAGCUGAUCAGGACUCACAGCACUUAUGGAGACUGGUUGAACUGGUUGAACUGGGACCAGUGAACCCUCAGAUAGAGAGGGGCCUCACUUUGUAGGAAGCUCACACCUGUAACGCCUCCAACACACCUGCAGGACGGUCGACCUGCCAGAGUCCAGAGUCCUGAUGCUCUCGACGGCGAAUCAUUGACGAGUUCUGAUCAAUAACAGCAGAUCUGAGCUUCGUACAAAGUGUUAUUGAUCCUCGUAGAAGAAGAACUGUAUACUGACCCUCUAAAAACAACUAGAACCUGUAGCUUAAACACACCAAUAUUUAAGAAGACAAAUUAAUUGAUGGACGUUUGUUUUUCUUCCACUUCCUUAAAAACAUUUCACACAUGGACUCAGAGCUCAGGUGCUUCUCACAUUAAUUUUAAACAUUAAUAUUAAACAUCAAUAUUAAACAUGAAGGAAAAGCAGCUGCAGUUGUUCUGUGUUUAAACUUUAACAUCAAAGUUUCGUCAGCUGGUGGAUGAUAGUGAGAUGUGGAUUUUCCCGUUACUGAACAGUACCCUGAACACCACAUAACCUUAAUGGUACGUGUCCGUGGGGCGUUUUGGGACCCUCCUACAAACACUUCCUGGCUGCACCUGACUGGGCGAAUGCUUUGUUCUUCCGUCUUCGCUUUAGAGCCACAACCAGUAUCAGUGUGGACUGUAUAGAGUUUUUUACAUAAAAUAGCCUCAACCUCAACUUUAUGCAAAUGAGGAACAGCCAACGUGACGCUCUGUCUCUCGAAUCGCACUGUGGUGGUACCAGAAUGCAUUGCAUCACUGCUCACAUAGACAAUGAAUGGAAGGUGUGGAAAUGACUGAUCCUGUGAACACAUAAUUCUUUUUAUCCUUUUUAAUGAGGACAAUUUCAGUGCGGUUUUAUUAGCAUUAAGCUAACUGUGUGUUUACACCAUCCACAGAAGAUGUCUGUCUCCAUUCGGAGCCAGACUCUGUGCAGUAGCGAUUGGGCUGGCGCCACCGUAUCGAGGUCCCGUCCAUAUGCCGAGCAGGGCUCAGCUGUCAAUCAUGACAUAAAACGCUCUUUUUAUAUCUUCUUUUGAUACCUAAUUAAAACCAAACUGAUGAUAAAAAUGAUAAAGAACAGCAGUUCAGGGCACC